AUGUACCAGUCUGGUCAUUACAAGUCCACAUAUGCUUCCGUCUACAUUGGAGAAUGGCUAAACAAUCUCCCACAGGGCUAUGGUGUUCAAGAUGACGUUCUCAAAGGUGAGAAGUAUAUGGGUAUGUGGGUGCAUGGUCAUCGCCAGGGAAGUGGUGUCCUUGUGACUCUAGAUGGCAUGUACUUUGAGGGAAACUUUCUCCAGAGUAAGCUAGUGGGCUUUGGUCUGAUGGUCUCUGAUGACAACACCUUGUACGAAGGCUCCUUUACAGACAUCACACAUCUCUCCGGCAAGGGCACUUUGACACUAUCCUCUGGAGAUAAACUAGAUGGGACUUUUAGUGGUACUCUUGAGGAAGGGUUAAAGGUCAGUGGGACUUUCAUCAAAUCGGCAACUUGCCCAGACCUGGAUCAAAGGUCACAUCCUGGCGCAGUCAAGUCAAAGUAA